AUGCUCAGCGUACGACGUGCCGCUUGCACUCAAGGUAACCUCCGCGAACUUCUCCAUUUCCAUUCACGAUUUCUUCUACCGGAAUUGAUAGCUAAUGAAAAUUCGUCUGCUGGAAUUUGUCGUGUGUUCAUUCAGCAUGCGAACAGAUUUCUCUCAUUGUAUCAUGCCUAUUGUCAAAACAAGGCCGCCAGUGAUGCCAUACGCAAGGAGUUCUGCGAGAUGUCAUCAUUCUUUGCGGAUUGCCAACGGCGUGCAGGUCAUCCCUUGCCAUUGGGAGCUUAUCUGUUGAAGCCAGUUCAAAGGAUCACCAAGUAUCAGCUAUUGUUGCGAGAGCUGGAACGGCAUUGUCGGCCCGAGGUACGGCCUGAAGUAGCGGCUGCAUUGUCAACGAUGCUGGAAAUUCUUCUCGCACAGAUCAACGCUGCCAAUACAUAUCAGGUGACCUGCGCUUACUGGGCCCACUUCGACUACAAUCUGAAUGUGACGUCUUACCAGUUUAGUCGUAAGAAGAAGGGAAAAACAGCUCGUGCCCAACGACGGCAUCUUUUCCUGUUCGAUGGAGGGAUCCUGUUCUGUAAGAAGCGUAAUCCUCCGAACCAACCGUCUUCGCUAGAUCCAGAGUACUACGAGCACAAAAUGUGUAUCCCGAUGUCAUCGUUGGGCUUCUCUGAGCUGUCACGUUCGGGUGGUUCACGUUUCGAGUUAUGGGACGAAGCGAAAUCCGAUGCGUACGCUAUUGAAACAUUGGAUGCCGAACAACGUCAACGAUGGAUUCAACGCCUUUCACGAGUUGCACCCCGGGAGGACCAACUUGUCCGACAACGACCGAAAAGCUGGACGAGCACGAUCUCGAAUGAUUCGACGUGUUCGAGCAGUACGAGAAGUAGUGACAGCGAAGUCCCAGUUGACACGAAUGGUAACUCGAAGUCGACAGCCGUAUUCGCCUCAUGUUCAAAUAGCCCAGAUAGUACUCCAGUAAGUGGCUCUUGUUUAUAUACUCUAUUCACUCCACUCAGUGGUUCAGCAAGUGGUUUUGAUGAAUAUUGA